AGCUAAUUGAUGCCACCUACAAGGGGAACUUGUCUCAGUUUAUCAACCACAGCUGUGACUCAAACCGUGAAACUCAAAAGGUAGUUUAAUAAAUUGUUCAGUCCAUUUUACCAGUUUAUAUUAUGAUCAAUAAUGCCAGCUUUUCACUUCUUUUUCCAGGGGUAAUCUAUAGUAGAUUGAUUGACAGGAAACUGAAAGAAAACACAUCUACAGCUGUACUUAAAUCCUUUAACCCUCAAGAGUGACUAGCAUCUUAUUUCUCCCCACAAUAUUACUCCUGAAUCAAACCUGUAGGUCAUGAGAAUAAAGGAAAUGAUCAGUAACUGAAGAAGUUCUUGAUUGUUGAACAAAUUCUCCUUGUCAGCCCCUUAGGAAUUGUUUAGAGAACAGUAUGGAGAGUGUGCAUACUGAUGUUUGGGUGUAAAGGGUUAAGAUAAGAACUGAGUGGGUUUUGUUCUUUUGCUUCUCAUAGUGGACUGUCCAAUUGGCUUGUUAAGGAUUGCAUUUUUUACUCAGAGACCCAUCCCAGCUGGUGCAGAGCUCACGUUUGAUUAUAAACUGCAGCAUUAUGGGUAGAUGGACAAUGUACAUGCUACUGUCAAAGCUUCAUGUCUGUAGGUGACACUAAACUGAGAGAUUUUAAAAUUUAAGGAACUUUACAGCAGUCACACAGAAAGAUGAUCCCUUCUGAACUUGGGAGGAGAGGCUUACAAAAAAUUCAUAGUAAGUUAUAAUUUUUGUCAUUAAUCAGGAAAGUUGCUCAGAUUUGCCAUAAUGUGAAGCACCAAAUUGUCAUGGAUUUAUUGGAGGAGACAAGCAAACACCUCUGA